CUUACCUUCCUUUACUCUUCUCCUUGUUGAGCCAUUGUCCCAUUGCCUUUGCCCGUGCUUGCCCCAUCCAGCUGCUAUACCACCUCCUCCCUAGUACCGACGGGCUACCAUGCCGUCCUCCAAGGUCUACAGAGCCAUCGCCUGGGCCUGUCUCGCAUCGUGGUUCUAUGGCUACCACAUCACCGAGCUCAACUUCCCCGCGCAAAGCCUGACAUGCUACGCGCGCCCGAACGAGGUCACGCCCCUCUUGCCGAACUGCAUCGGCCUCGAUCAGACGCGCUACGGCAUAGUGACGGCCAUGCUCACUGCCGGAGGGCUGGUCGGCUCGGCGCUGAGCGACCGCGUUGUGAGCUCUGAGGGCAUCGCCGGCGGCAUCGUCUGGACCGGCUGGCUCAACCUCUUCGGCGCGCUCCUCAUGGCCGGCGCACCCAACUGGCUCGUCAUGCUGCUUGGCCGCUUCGUCGCCGGCCUGGCAUGCGGCCUCGCAGUGUGCCUCGUGCCCCCCUUCCUCGCGACGAUUGCGCGCUCGACGCCCGAGCUCGCUGGGCGCACCGGCCAGAUCGGCACGCUGCACCAGCUCGCCAUCGUGCUGGGCAUCUGUUCGUCUCAGAUUAUCGGGUUGCUUCUGACCGGCCCGAAAGGUGACAAGCCCGGAGCAUGGCGCUACGUCUGCCUCGUGCCCGGCGCCGCUUCCCUCAUCCAGAUCGGCAUGGCGGCCCAGAGCCCUCACGGCGACGCCAAGGUCGCACCGCCGCGCCGCGACGAGGAGGAGCGUGCGGGUACUCCCACGCCUGGUGGCUACGGCGCGAGUGACGAGGCCGCUGCCCCGCUUCUCGGCGACGCCGCACCCACCGCCGCCACACAUGCCAACUCCUCGGACCACCAGCUGUCCAUCCGUGACCUGCUCUCGACGCCUGCUCUCCGCCGCCCGGCCCUCCUCGUCACAGCCGUGCUCUCCCUGCAGCAAUUCUCCGGCGUCAACGCCGUCCUGUUCUACUCCACCCCCGUCCUCCUCGCUCUCUCUAGGCCAGGGGACACGAGCGCAGGCGCGAUCAGCAUUGCCAUUACCGUGGUGAACGCCAUCAUGACGCUCCCAGCCGUCUACCUCGUUGACCGCGUCGGCCGUCGUCAGCUCCUCCUGUGGUCGAUCAUCGGAAUGGGCUUUAUGAGCGUUCUCCUCGGCUACGGCCUGGACCAGUCGUACAAGGUGAUGAGCGCGGUCGCGAUCGUCGCGUUCAUCGCCUGCUUCGCCUUUGGGUACGGCCCGGUGCCGUUCCUGCUCAUCUCUGAGAUGGCGCCGCCGCAUGCCGUGCCUGCGCUGUCGUCGCUUGCGCUGAGUGCGUCGUGGAUCUCGAGCUUUAUUGUCGCGAUCGCCUUCCUGCCGCUGCGCGACUGGCUGUCGGUGCCCAAGGACCCACGGGACCCACAAAGUCCACGCACGGCAGAGGGAAGAGUGUUCUACGUCUUCACGGCAAUGUUGGCACUCUCUGCCAUUGUCGUCUGGCGCGGAGUGCCCAAGUGAGCUGUGCUCGCCGAGCGGCUGGGCACCGCACCGCGCGAGCUGAGUAAGAAGGCCUGCGGCCCGCUCAAGUCCGUUUCAGGUGGCGGUGGCAGUGGCAGAGGUGGCGGCUGUGGCUUGGCGGUGUUUGGGAUCAGUCUGUCACCUUUUUCAUCUCGCGAGCGCCAGCGCGAGUACGCGCUCGCGAGUCAUGUCCACACUCGUGUGACACGUUUCUUGUUGAUCGCCGAUGCGCAGCAGCUGUCGACCGGCUCUCGCGUCAUGGAACAACUGGUUCUUCCGGAUCGCUGACACGAGGAUAUCCAUUUCAAACUUGGUAGCAACAUGCAUUGUAUCGCGAGAC